CGCCUCGCCGCCGUGACAACAGAGACGCUGCUUCGCUCUACCGACGCUCUGCUGUCCAGGUGUUAGUCCCGUUUAUAUGAUAUUGCAGAGAGAGAUAUCUGGUCCUGGAUCGGGUUUAGGAGCUUUAUCAGUGUCUCUGCUCGACAUGGCCUAACGUGAUGUCACUCGGACUAUCUGAAAUGCCUUCUUUACACCCCAAAAACUGCCUCGUUUUCUCAGAGAAUGAAGCGAGAGAUGAAGACUUGAUCCGGGGGAUGAUUAUUUGAGCUGCUGUGUUUAUACCUCUCGAGUGGAGCUAGUUAGAGGCUAGCCAGGCUUUAGCUAACACCGACUACCGGCUCUCUAGGAUACCGGGAUUACCAUGGCUGGACUCAUCAAGAAGCAGAUCCUGAAGCAUCUCUCCAGGUUUGCUAAGAACUUGUCGCCGGACAAGAUCAACCUGAGCACGCUGAAGGGGGAGGGUCAGCUGACCAACCUGGAGCUGGACGAGGAGGUUCUCCAGAGCCUGCUGGACCUGCCCACCUGGCUCGCCAUCAACCGCGUGGAAUGCAACAAGGCCGCCAUCAGGAUACCAUGGACAAAGUUGAAGACUCACCCAAUCUCUCUGACUCUGGAUAAAGUGGUGAUGGAGAUGAGCACCUGUGAUGAGCCCCGCCCCCCCAAUGGCCCGUCUCCCAUAGCAACAGCGUCAGGACAAAGUGAAUAUGGCUUUGCUGAGAAGGUGGUAGAGGGGAUCUCACUGUCCAUCAACUCCAUCGUCAUCAGGAUCAGUGCCAAGGCCUUUAACGCCUCCUUCGAGCUCUCCCAGCUGCAGGUCUACAGCGUCAACACCAGCUGGAGCAUCAGUGACCUGCGAUUCACCCGCAUCCAGGACCCUCAGAGGGGAGAGAUCCUGACGUUCAAGGAGAUCAGCUGGCAGAUGAUCCGUAUCGAGGCUGACGCCAUCCAGAGCGCCGAGCACGAGAUGUUGAGCGCCCCCAUUCGCCUCAUCACCAACCAGUCCAAGAUCAGAGUCACUCUCAAGAGACGGAUUAAGGACUGUAACGUGGUGGCCUCCAAGCUGAUUCUGGUCCUGGACGACCUGCUGUGGGUGCUGACCGACUCCCAGCUCAAAGCCAUGGUGCAGUAUGCCAAGUCUCUCAGCGAGGCCAUGGAGAAGUCGGCGCAGCAGAGGAAGAGCAUGGCCACGGAGGACCAGGAGUCAUCAGCUCCACCCUCGGACAAGCAGGUGCGCACCCAGCAGGCGUCCACGGCAGCCGACCAGAGCGCCACCAUGGCCAAUCUGUUCAGCGCCUACGACGUGUGCGAGACGUCCCACCACCUCCAGAUCACACACCUCGACCUGCACAUCUGCGACGACAUCCACGUUAAGGAUAAAGUGAGCAAUAAGAGGAUAACGGGCGGAGCCAUGCAGCUUUCCUUCAGCUCCAUCACUCUGGACUACUACCCGUUCCACAGAGCAGGUGACAGUUGUGCCCACUGGAUGCACUACAGCGAGGCCACCAAGACCAGAGAGGGCUGGGCCCGGAGUCUGCUCGAUGAGUUCAAGACCAACGUGGAGAUGUUGAAGAGCGCGGUUCGAGACCAGCCGGGACCGACCCCGCCGCAGGGUUCCCCUCAACACGUGUCCCUUAGGGACGAUGUGUAUGGGCCUCUAGGAAGUCAAGAGAGAGCAGGAGGAGGAGGAGAAGGAGUAGGGCUUAGGGAGGCUGAUGGAGGACUCCUAGAGUGGAGCCCACACACACAGCCUCCGGCCCAGUGCUGCUGGUGCCUAGAGCCAGGUAAAAUAAACACCUCCUCCAGCGCUUCCUUCAGUCCUCCUCUCCCUCAGAGCUCCAAGACCCAGCUCACGUCCAGCUCUGUUGUCCUCAGGAUUGCUGACUUCAGCAUCUACCAGGUGUCAACAGCGGACCAGCGCCGCUCCAGCCCCAAGACCAUGAUCUCCUGCAAUAAGAAGUCCUUGUACCUUCCUCCAGAGAUGCCGGCCAUUCAUGUCGAGUUCACAGAGUACUACUUCCCUGAUGGCAAAGACUACCCCAUCCCGUGCCCUAACCUGUAUGCCCAGCUGAAUGCACUGCAGCUGGUUCUGGAUCCUCGCAGCCUGGUGUGGCUCAACCUCUUCGCCCUGGACCUCAGGCAAAGUCUGCAGCAGUUCAUGGAGAUCUACAAGCUCAGCGACUCGCAGAAACCCGAAGAGCACGUCGACAUCAAGGUCGACGGCCUCAUGCUCAAGCUGGUGAUUCCCACCGAUCGGGACGCCUCCUGUCCCGCGGACCUGCCUCGCUCCAUCUCCGUGCAGACCUCAGAAAUGGUGGCCACGAACACCCGGCACCCGGCUAACUGCACCCGCUCCCACCUCGAGGCCCUCCUGCAGGCCUUUGAAGAGGAGCCCUUUUUCUCUCCCUGUUUCACCUCAUUCCCUCGCUCCUCCUCCUCCUUACCCCUCCUCCAUCCCGUCUUCCAACGCCACGCUCACGAACAAGACACCAAGCUCCACGACAUCUACCGAGGCCUGGUGGCUCCUUCGUUGGGCACAGACGCCCUGAAGAUGCCGGCUUGCGCUGACUUUUGGGCGUUGCACUUUGCCCAGUUCUGGGUGGACUACGAAGGCACCCGCGGGGGCAAGGGGCGGCCGCAGCCCUUUGUGGACUCCUUCCCUCUCACCAUGUGGGCGGGUCAGCCCGCGAAGAUCGUCCAGCACCAGGAGAGGCUCAGAGUUGCUGCUGGAUCGGUUUUGUCCAGGAGCACGUCUGGAGAGUCCGUGACACGUCUGCAGAGGAAACGAUUAUUAAAGGACUAUUACAGUACACAAAAUGCAACAGAGCCUCCUAGCAACGGACUCCAUAAACCCCUCUCAUUGGACAGUCUGCCUUCCUCCUCCUCUCCUUCGUCAUCAUCAAGUAAAGAUGCAGAUCUGCAUGUAUUGGUGCACGUGCAGAAGCAUUUAAGUGCUCAGGUGAGCCACCGGCAGUAUGUGUUUCUGAUGCAUCUCCAGCGCAGCAUCAAAGCCCUGCAGCACACGCUACAGCAGGAUCUGGAGGAGAUGGGCUGCAAGAAGGACCGCAAGGAUCCCUCUCAGCGUCCCGCAGACCACCAGCCCUUCACCGCCUGCCUGGGCCUCCUGCUGAAGAGUGCCGAGGUGUCCCUGCUCCUGAAGCCCGUCCCCCAGCCCGAGGGUUCAAGGUCUCCUAUGGGGUCCGAGCUCUCCCCCUCAGAGAGCAGAGGAACCCUGGAGCCUGGGAGCGAUGCGGGAGAGGGGGCGGAGAAGGGGAGCGAUGGAGCUGGAUCUGGGUCUGAAGGAGGAGGAGGAGGAGCCAAAGGAGCGUGCACUGUAGACCAGCUGUUAUGUGCUGAAGGAUUGGAGGGCGGAGCCUCACAUGGUCCCGCCCCUCUCAUCCCCAACUCAACUACAUCGAAUCACAAAGCGUCAGUGGAUGGGAGGACUUCCGCUAAGAACUCUGGGAGGCGGAGUUCAGAUGAAGGGGGCGAGGUGGUGGUGGAUGGGCUAGUCGGAGGUGAAGAUGACUCUAAAGCCCAGACGAGCGACCCCCUGUCUGACUGGAGCGACAAAGACCAGGCUGCAGCCGCAAAGAUGCCUCAGUCAGUAUCCAGGAAAGGAAGUUUGUCUGUGGUUUCUGAUCUCCUCAGCUCCUCAAACUCCAGCAGAUCCACCUCCCUUUAUUCCAUGUCCAACAUUGGUCGUUUGAUGCGGGAUCGCUCCCAGUCCAGUUUCUCUGUGUCCUAUAAGAACAUGAAGAAGAGCCCGUCCCUGCAGUCGCUGGACAACAUCUCCAUAGACAGCUACCUGAUGGAGGACGGAGACGCGUACAGUCUGCUGGAGAGAGAUGACGUGUCCAUGUCAGGCUUCAAGGAUGCCAUCAGCGAGCAGAGUGCCACUGAGAGUGCCACCGAGGCAGUGACUGGUCAGGAGCAGGAAGGAGGCGUGUCCCCCGACACCGUCAGCGCUACCUCCCAGAGCAUCGACGAUGCCACCAAAGAUAUAGUGUCGGUGCUAGUGUUGAAGGUGCAGUCUGUGUGCGUAGCCAUGGAGGCGCUGGGCGAGAGCACGGCCGUGGCUCUGCAGGUCGGCCAGGUCACGCCCAACCAGAUGGGCAACGUCAGCCUGAGACAGUACCUCAGCAACCGCAGCCUGGGUAUGGUGUGUUCAGUACCAAUACCUGCUCAAAGCAGCCAAGCUGGCGGUGAGCUCCGCUCUGCGUCCGCCGGGGGCCUCCACGGUCCAGAGGUGCGAGCUCGCCUCGAGAGCGGGCCCUGCGCCGCCGCUCACUCCCCGCUGGCCGAGCGCAACGGCUUCCUGCAGCUGCGUCUCCACGGCUACCAGGCGAGCUUCCUGAUGUCCACGCUGCGCAACAUGGCUCACUUCCUGGAGGACGACUCGGCGCCGCAGGUGCUGCCCAUGGAGAUCAGUGUCAGGGACACGCACGUCAACUUAAAGGACGACGGCCCCCGCGACAAUCCCUCCGACUCGGAGUCCUCGCCGAUCACCCUGCAUGUGGACAGCCUCGUCAUACACAGAAGAGACGACGGCUCCUUCUCUAUAGGAGUGGACACAGCAGCAGAAAACCAACCCAGGGUAGACGAUGCGUUGAUCGACAGCGCUCUGACUCCGGUCGCCGAGGGUGUGGGCGGCGUCUUCGCCAUCCCAAAGGCCACACAGACCCAAGCCCCGCCCACCAGCCCUCCUCCAUCUUCCAGAGAAAAGAUGCUGGUGGAGGAAAACGAAUGUUUAAAAGUGGAGCUGUCCCGAACCAAGAUGGCGCUGGCCGAGGCUCAGAUGGAGAAGGACUCGCUGCUGCACCGCAUGAAGAACCUCAAAGUCAACACCAGCUAGACUUCGGCUCUCUCUCUCUCUCUCUCUCUCUCUCUCUCUCUCUCUCUCUCUUCACAGCCAGCCAUUCAGCCAGUCAUUCAGCCUGACACUAGACUGACACUAACAGGCAGCAGAACAAUGAAAGGCAACAUCAACAUGCAAAGAAAAACGGCUCCCUUUUACGCGCUUAGAGAGCCGCCACGUGACUUUAGAACUUCAAAAUAAUUCCCUCAUAAAGCAAUGCAGAGUCUGUGUGAAGACUCAAAAAUACACGUUUUUACACAGCUUGUCGUCUGUUUUAUGUUCUCCACUUUUGGGAGGCUUGGAGCGAGUUGAAAAGGGACAUUUAAUGGGACUAAAUGUGUGUGUUUAUGUGUGUGUGUGUGUGUGUGUGUGUGUGUGUGUGUGUGUGAAAGACAGAGGAUCUGUAUCCAUGGUUGUGCCUACAGAGAAAAAACCCUUCCCACACUAUUCCUGUUGUGCAAGUUAAAACAGAAAAGACGCUUCAUUCAAUCCUGUAUGUAUGAAGGAAAAAAACCGAAUGUCGUAUCUUCAGAAGAAUGUCUACAAAAAAAAAAGACUUAUUUUGCACUGCACAGAAACUUGUAAUUUAGUGCUUUCAUAUUCAGAGGGGACGAGACAAAUCAUGCUCUCUCACUCGUCCCCCCGAGUGUGUACAGUGUAUAUUGUAUAAGAAUGUGAACACAUGACUAUUUUCUUCAGAUCUUUGAAUGGUUAUAUGCAGUGUUUCUGUGUGUUCGUCUCGGCAAGAACAAGCAUUUCAUUACAAGUACAGGAUGAAUUUGUAUCCGUCAGUUCCACAGCUUUGUCAGCAAAAAUGCCCCACAUAAUGUCUGUAUCCCCCCUCCCCCCCUUCCUCCUAUUUUUCUAUGUGUAAAUAGCUACUUAACAUGUGCAGCACUUUUAAAAACUGAGGCAUUGUAAAUACAACAAGCAGAACUGUGAGAGAACAAGAGUUGAGCUGACGAGCGGAGAGAAACUCUUCUAAAAAAGAGGCUAAUUAAGGCACAUUGAAGCUGCCUGACUACAUAUAUGUGUGUCUUUAUGUAAAUUUCUAAUCUGCCAUGUGUAAUUUUUUCAUGGUUGACCAUAUCUGCUGCUGUUCCAUGCUUCAACGUGUGCGACGACUUCAGAGUAGAUGUUAAAAAAAUGAUUAAAAUCGACUUCUAACAGCACAUGCUUUAGCACAGCACACGAGACUGUAGAAGGACGGUUUGAGGCUCUCACUCUUCAAGGUUAACAGUUAGAUUCAGUACAUCCAUCCGUCUAAAUAUGCAACUGUCAUAACCUGUACUUUAGCUCGGCCCGGCUCAUUUCAGUUUCUAUUUAAAAAAAAAAAAAAAAAAUGUUCUGUUUAACGGAAAAGACAUGAAACACAGCUAGUUCUCUGCACAAAUGUGGUGUCAAGACUUGAAAUGUCAGAGGUGGGAUUUUAACACGAUUGUAUGGGAAGAGUUUUGUUUGGUGGAGAGGAAAAUCUUUGUUUUUCAUCUUGUUCAUCACAGCCUCAUCCUCCCCUCUCUCUGGGAAACCCUCUGAAGCCCUGCGGAGGAAAGAAAAAGACACAAAAAGUAAUAAGUUGUAUUUUGUCUGUCAAAGCUGCUGAAAUACUGAUGAAAAUAAAAGGGUAUCCAGUUUAAAA